UGAAAUUCCAGCUUGUUGUUUAGCUUUGUGACGAAUACUGUUUUCCUCGUUUCAAAAGAAAUGGGUGUGUCUUAUGUAACAAUUGACGUUCGAUACAAAGUUUAGAAUAUUCCAUUCAAGCGAACAUUUUUACCACUUCAGUGCGCUUCAUUGUACAAGAAUCAACGGGUCGGUAGCAAAUUGUAUGAAAGUGAGAUAAAAUGGCGUGGAAAGAAACUUUUUCAACCUCCUCCACAUCAUUAAAAGUGUCCAUGGCUCUGGCUCCGCUCCAGGCUCUAGUUUAUAUCAUAGGAUACUCAACCAACUACUGGGUGACAGCAAAAAAUACAUCAGUAAACACUGGUUCCUUUGGGGGUGGAGAUAGCAUGUCCGGGCUGUUUAACCAGCUUGGAUUCAAAGUCUCCAACGGUUUAUGGGGAAGUAAGACAUGUGUGCUGGACCAGUGCCAGACAAGUGAAUUCGGUUCCAUACCAGACUGGCUACAUGUGACAAGACUGUUUGCAACGCUUUCUCUGAUCGGGUUUGUGGUGACCACUGUUGGUGUGUUUGUCUGUCUGUUUGUGACACAGCUAUCACAGAGGCGGAUAUUACACAUUUUGACGUGUGUGGUGGCGACUUCAACAGCUGUCUGUGUGUUGGUAGCCGUGAUCAUUUACGGUACUCAGUACAACAAUCUGGAUCAACGAUUCCUGACCCAGACAGACAAGGACCCAUCCUGGUCCUACGGUCUGUGCGUGGCGGCUCUAAUUUUAGACAUAAUCACCUCCAUCCUGUUGGCCAUCAACACUCUGAGGAAACCCAUCAUCUAGAUUUUGUACUUAAAAUAACAUUGUGCCUAUCCAUUAUAAUAUUAACUAGUGGUGCAUUAUAAAUCCCGAUGUACUUUCUGUUAUAAUAGUAAUGAUACAUCAUCUAGCGGUGAACUUCAAAUCUUGCUGUACGUUUCUGUUAUAAUUAGGUCACCUAUGUCACUCGGGUUAUUUAUUUCGAUAUGCUUUCGUCCGUCGUCGUGCGUUAACAUUAGAACAUUUUCAGCUUCUUAUCUGAAACUACUAGACUAAAUUUGAUGUCUAGCAUCUAUAGGGGAAGGGGGAUAAGAAUUGUGAAAUUCAUGACCCCUAUCCCCCAGGGGCGAUACAGUUUUGAUAAAACUGUAAAAAUUAGUGCACAUGCAAUUGUUAAAAUUCUUCUUCUAUAUUAGUGGCACUCACCAGAAAAAAUAAAUGUAUGUUUCUAAUGAGCAGGGAUGUCUCUAUCAAUAUUGUCCCUAGGUCAUGGGUUCAGGCCCAAGGGCCAUGCCAAUAUGACAAUAUAUAGUGAAAAUGUAUUAAACUAAAUGAAUGACCCUAAUCCCUAUGAAAAUGUAUUUAAUCUCAUAGAAUGCAUAGAACCUAUGUUGUAAAAUCCACGGCCUCUCUGUCAGGGGUUUCGGGCACUGGGGUGAGGUUUAUAUGGCUAUAUACAUGUACUUAAAAUAUAUUAAAUCUUAGAAUACCGGUAUUCUUCUCUUCUCCCACAUAUAGUUUAGAGAAACUAAAGGUAUGACCUAUAGAGGUCUAUACCAAAAUUGUGAAAUUCAUGGCCCCUGGGUCAAGGGUUCAUUCCCUUAGGAUGGGGCAAAUACGGCCAUGUAGAAAAAUGUAUUGAAUUUUAGAAAAUCCUCUCUACUUUUACAGUACAUGUAGUGGAAAAAAGAUAGAAUGCCAUGAGGCUUUCUACCUAAAUUGUGAAAUACAUGUACAUGGCCCCUGGAUCAGGGGCUUCAGACCCUAAGGCGGGGUAAAUAUUGCCAUGUAAAAAAAAUGUAUAAAACGUGAUAUUUUCCUCUGCACGUUUACAGUCGAGAGAGAUGAACUAAAUGCAUUUGUUAUUAUAUCCUUUUCUUAUAUUGUGAAAUUCACUGCUCAUGGAGGAAGGGGUUGAGCAUUUCUGUUGGGGAGAGAGGAAAAUCUGGCCAUAAAGUGAACAUGUAUGUUUUCGGUCACUUGAGUCACUCUAUUGUCGUUGGUCGUGCUUUGCAAUUGUUUGUUAACAAUUCUACAUUGGGCUAUGGUACUCAGGUGACCGUCAAUGCCUAUAGACCUUUUCUAUAUCAUCUAGUGGUGUACUUCAAAUAUCACUACUUCGAAUUUCUUUGAUGAUUUUUUUAAUCCUAUUUAACUUAUAAAAUCAUUUUACUUUUCCUUUAUAUUUUUUUGGUCUUCCAUUAAUUUCUAUCUACCAUAUGUAUGUAAUUAAAAAGAAUAAAAAUCUCUAUCUAUCUAUCUAUCUAUCUAUCGAUCGAUCGAUCGAUCUAUCGAUCGAUCGAAUCUGCUUUCCCAUUACGUGCGUCCUUUACAAAUACUUAAGAGUAGGAUUCGUGUAAAUUUAGAUAUCUAAAAUCAAAAAUAUUUAAUAUGUACAUCUACAAAUGGCCGUAACUAGGCUUUUUUCGAAAUGCCAAAUUUUACCCCUUUAUAUUUAAAAAAUCCGCCAUAAGAAGAAAGGACACAAUUCCUAUAACUAGUAUUUCUAGUAUACAAGUAUAGAAUGAUCAAUGGGCCUGCUGAAUAAUAUUUUCAUGAAUAUCUUAAUUGAUGUAAGAAAACCCAACACUCAUUCACUUAAUCAUCAUGAUUAUUUAAUAACGAUAACUUCAUUUUAAAACAACUGCUUUCAUAUAUAUAUAAAUUAUAUACUAGUAUACUAGUUAACUUCAAUCCAAAAUGUUAUACGGUAAAAUAAAAGGAAAAAAUAUCUUAUUUAAACUGCAAAUAGUUCUAAUUAA